UGGCUGCUGUAACCUUGCAUGACUACUUUGGUUUCUCUUUCUAGAAUAUUCAAAUCUUGAAUAAUAACUCUGAUCGAUCAUCUCUCAAACAUACGAAACACAGAGUGAAACUAUUGUUGCAUGGAAGUGGAAAUGGAUGCUUCAGGUGUAGUACAUCAUCAUCAUCAUCACCACCACCAGCAGGAAUUGUCUUCGCAAACACUAGAGAGCAUGUUGGUAUGCACAAAAGCACAACAAGAGAAGAAACCAAGGCCAGCAGAGCAAGCUUUAAAAUGUCCAAGAUGUGACUCCACUAACACCAAAUUCUGCUACUACAACAACUACAGUCUUACUCAGCCUAGAUACUUUUGCAAGUCUUGUAGAAGGUACUGGACAAAAGGUGGGACCCUGAGAAAUGUUCCAGUGGGUGGAGGGUGCAGGAAGAACAAGAGAUCUUCAUCCUCAUCAUCUUCUGCUACUUCUUCUAACUCAACAUCAUCUUCAAAGAUCAGAGGGACCCAUGAUCACCUCCUCAAUCAACAACAUCAUAAUAUCAUCACAUCAAAUUCCAAUAACACUCUGCUCUCAGGUCUACCUCACUUGCCUUAUGACUCCAACUGCACUGAUCUCUCUCUAGCCUUUGCUAGGCUCCAAAGUCAAGCAAAUGGUCACUUGGGUUUUGAUCACUUUGAUCAAAACCCCAAUUCCAGUCAUACCCCUACCCAUCAAGCUGACCAUCUGGGCUUUCUUGAUGCAAUCAGAGGUGGGUUUCUUGGCAAUCUUCCUAAUGGGUACCACAAUAUGAUAUAUAAUGGGGGUAAUGCUGGAAAUGGAGACAUGGGUAGUGUUGAAAAUGGUGGAAUCUUGAUGGGCUUGACUAAUGCUAGUAGUGAUCAUGAUCAUGAUCUUGAUCAGGAAAUCAUGAACCCAAUGUUCCAUGAUCACCAUAAUCAAGAACAUCUUGUUAACAACAAUGGUGCUAGUGGUGCAGCAACAACUGCACUGAUGAUGGCUGCAAUGAAACAAGAAAGUACAUGCCAUGGGAGAUCUGAGUUAGGGGAGAAUAGAGGAUCAUCAGGAGGGGUAUUAUGGGGAUUUCCAUGGAUGAUGGGUGCUGGUGGUGGAGAUCAAGGAAUGAAUAUGGUUCAUGAGGUUGAGUCAGGGAGAUCACAGAUAGCUGGAUGGAAUGGGCUUGGUUCAACUGCUUGGCAUGGACUUCUAAAUAGUCCCCUUAUGUAGUAUUAAACAUAUGGUUAUGUGGUUUACUUAGAAGAGAGUUCUAAUUUUAAUAUCUUAAAAACAAAAUUACCGGGGGAAAGAAUAGAUUUUUGUACUAAUUAAAGUGUUUUCGUGUUUAUUUAGUGUUCUUUUAUCGUGGCUUGGAUUAAUAGAGGUUUGUACUUCUUUUUCAUCAA